UCACCAGGCCGUGUCUCUUCCAUUCAUUUCUCCUACCGACCUCAGAGCGAGCGAGAGAGAUGGCUUCCUCUUUCGACGACUUCAGCAACGACGGCGACGAGGUGAUGACGGGAUCCACCCGCCCUUUCGACGACGACGGCUACCUCGGCUACGACCCCCGCCUCCCCUCGCAGCGCUUCGACGCCUACUCCUCCUUCGCCGCCGACGAGGACUCCAAGGACCCCGCCGAAGACUCCCCCGCCGCCGCCGCCUUCCACGGGGGCGAGGCCUUUGGCGGCGGAGACGAUGAUGUCCCCGUCCACCACGCCUCCGGCGAGGGCAGCUUCCCUCCCUCCCCCGAGGGCUUCGGCUACCGUCCCGCCGAUCCGCACCCGGAUCUCCCCUCCUCGCCCUCCUCCUUCUCGAUGCCGGAAUCCAACGGGAAGGCCUACGACGUGGCGGAUCACGGCGGGGUCUUUGCUACUGACGGCCUGAUUCUACCGCCCCCAAACGAGAUGCAGCCGGAGGAGGGGUUUAUCCUGCGGGAGUGGCGGCGCCAAAAUGCUAUUCUUCUUGAGGAGAAAGAAAGAAAGGAAAAGGAGUUACGGAACCAAAUUGUUGCUGAAGCUGAUGAAUACAAGCAAGCUUUCCAUGAGAAAAGGAAGCUAAACUGUGAGACAAACAAGACCCACAAUAGAGAGAGGGAGAAGCUAUUCCUGGUCAACCAAGAGAAGUUCCAUGCAAAUGCAGACAAACAUUACUGGAAAGCAAUUUCAGAGCUGAUACCCCACGAAGUACCAAGCAUAGAGAAGAAGAGGGGAAAGAAAGAACAAGAGAAGAAGCCAUCCAUCAUUGUUAUGCAGGGGCCAAAGCCAGGCAAGCCUACUGAUCGCUCGAGGAUGCGCCAAAUAUUGGUGAAACUCAAGCAUAAUCCCCCACCACACAUGAAACCCUCUCCCCCACCUGCCCCAGCUAAAGAUGGAGUUGCUGCUGGUGCAGCUACUGGAAGCAAGCAGGGAACACCCCCUAAAGAGGCCAAAGCUGGUGGCAGCAAGCCAACCAAGGAACAGCCGCCUACAUCAACAACAGAAGGCCAGUCGAGCACGGUGGAAGAGCCAGCUCCCACUGCAUGAAUACGACACUGAAAGCUCUGUUUGGUUUGACAUGCUAGAAAAGGGCCUGCUUGUGUUUGUAGGAAAAAAAAUAUGUAGUAGGAAGCCUCAGUCUCUCUAUUUGGCAGCAGAGAUGAAGCUCCUUUCAUAUUUACUUCCUACUUAUAAGCCUUUUAUUGUUUUAUAUUACGUAGAGAUCUGGUGUUAGCUUAGGCUAUAUUCUCCUGGAUCUUAAUCAGGAGUUGGACGUGUGAUGUGCUGGUGCCUUUUAUUAGAUAACUCAUACCUCUGUUGGAUGAGAUGAAUUUGAUAAUGGACUUUCUAAAUCAUUUGGUUUUGACUAUC